AUGUACUACCGGCGCCAUAAUGGUGACCUGAUCCUAGGGCAUACCACUUUGGGAUACAAUAGCCCGGAACUUCUCGCCCAGCGACAAGAUCUACCCUACGUGGCCUCGUAUCAGGUCCGUCGGAAGUUCUAUCGCAUGCUUCUACGUCAGGUCGCCCGCGUGGGCCUAAAAGUCGAAUAUGGGCAGCGCGUCGAACGGUACUUCGAGGACGAGGCCGCUAAUGUCGCGGGCGUUGUCACGGAGGAUGGCAGCGUCCGCGUCGCGCAGCUUGUCGUCACGGCCGAUGCAUUUAAGACGCGUUCCGACCUGCUCAUUGCAGGAUAUCACAUUCCCACGCGAUCAAGUGGCAUGUCCGUGUAUCGAGCGGCGCUGCCGACGGAGCUAGCGCUGCAAGAUCCAGCAUUCAAAGCGCGGUGGGGCGAGCUUGAGUAG